AUGACAUUCUUUGGUUUACUACUUUAUGCUCGUGCUGUACGUGGAAGUGUUUAUUUAGUUAGCUUUAUCAAUGCAUGCACUAGUAUACCGGCUUUGUUUUUAUCAACAAUAUUAUAUCGUGUUAUACGUCAUCGUAAACCUCCAUUAUUUUUUGUUUAUAUUGUAGCGUCUAUCAUUUUAUUAUCAUGUGGUUUAUACACUUAUAUAUUUAAUCCAGAAGGUGAUUUAAUCCUUGCUAUCGGAUCAAAUUUAUCACUUAUAUUUCUUGCUGCUGGUUUAUUUAUGCUUUAUAUAUAUAUACCUGAAUUAUAUCCAUCUGUUAUACGAUCUCAAGGAUUUGGAACUGUGGCUGGAUUAGGUCGAACUGGUAGUAUAAUCUGUACGUUUAUUAAUCAAUUAGAUAUAUCCAUUGGACAUGGUGUACCGUUAAUAAUUUAUUCAGUUGUAAUUUUUAUGCAAUUAAUUUUAUUAUAUGUUAUACCAGAUACAAGUGGUGAGAAUUUACCUGAUAUGAUAGUAGAAAAAUUGCAACCAAAUAUGGAAAAUGUAAACAAUAUCAACGAUUCAGUAUUUCCAAUAUCGGAAGCAGUGGAAAUUACAAGAAUCUGA